GUGAGGUGCCAUUGCCUUCUCCAAAACAGCACCAUAACUGGUUCCAAAGUGGCCCAGAUGGAGCCUAGCUAGGGCCAGCCCAACCUCUGUCCUCGCAGGCAGAAGAGCUCAGCCUCUCUGGAUACCUACCUCCUGGCCCUGGGGGCAAGGCUGUUUCUAUAGGUGCCUCUGGCCUCUUGCUUCUGGAGGUCAUCAUGCCUUUCCAAAUGCCUGGAGCCAGCAUCAGUGUUUCAAAGCAGACCAAGGAGCCCAGAGCUGCAGUCUUUGGAGCCGAUUUAAUGCUAAAUUUCCCAUCCACUGAGGAAAUCCCCGUUCUAACAAGAAGAAAUGGACUGAGAAGUAGCUCUUAUUCUUCUUCAGAGCCAGAUAGCCAGAAAUGCCAUUCUUGUAGGCAGGCACCAGCCACCUGCUGUGUCUCAGUCUUACCACCUCAGAAAGUGACUUGCCAAUCUCAACUGGUGACGGGUUGCUGCUGGAAGACUAGGGAGAACAGUACUCUGGUCAGCCGUGAAGACGGAGACCAUAGUUCCCACACACUCUGGUUCAACACCUAUUAAAUGGCUGUCAUGUGUUGGUCACUGGGUUAGCCCUGAGGAUACAGACAAGACCCGAACAGCCCUGCCUAAAUAGGGCCCCUGCUUUGCCUAGCAGGGAAGACUGGCCCUGAGCAAGUAAUUUCACAAAUGGGGCCCAGGGAGUGGGGAGGGGAUUCGCCCUUCCUGUUUUAAUCCAGUCCCUAUAAGGACUGUUUCUGCCAGAGCCUGAGAGCAGAUUGAGAUGCAGCCUACAGGUUGAGGCCUGUGUUAUGUAACGACGCCCCCAGAACAUGUUGCUUUGUUCAUUCUCAUCGGAAUACUUGGCCCUUUGUGGUCAGCUUCAAUUAAAUGCUAGAUUCUACCUCUCCCUUCCCCCGCCCCCACUGGAGCUUGCUUUUAUUUCUUUCCUGCAGCUUCUUCUCAGGGUAUCCUGGCCUCCGCCUUGCAGAUCCAGGUACCUCACUCUGUAUAAAGGCAUUUGAGACCUGUGGGAAUCCCAGCAGCACUUACAGCCUCAGACCAGUCAAGGGAACUGAGUAAGGAAGAAUUCCAAAGAUAGAGGACUUCUUUGUCUCUUUCUCAUCUGGCCUCAGGGCCAGCAGGGCAGGUUGUUGCACGUUUAAGCUGCUUUCCCCUAAGCAGGCCGCAGGGCAGUCUGGGAGAACGGGAAGCAGAUUAAAUUAAUCUCAAUGUGCUGAGCUUGGCAGGGGGUGAGAUCGUGUAUGGUCAUUCUAGAAAUAGCCCAAACUCCUUUGUUGCUAAAGCAGAUGAUGAAGGUUUGCCUGCAAGAUGACUGCAAAACAGAAUCGUUGCAAACCUCUGUACAAGUUGUAAAGCACUUUCCUGCCCGUCCCUGGGACUCUGUCUCUCCUGCAACUAGCCAGAGUCAUAACAGAGAGUGGUUGUUCUAAGGAUGUAGUGAAAACGCUUAUUAGUUUGUUCUCUUGCUUAACAAGAUCCUUUUUUUUAGAACUUAGAUUCAAAACAAGUCUUUUUCCUCCCAGAGUUAAGCGUUGGCCCUGUAGCCCCCGGGCUGGUUAAUGUCUCUGUUUGCUCCUAUAUUUGGCAUGAGGAAAGAAUCUGCCCUCAGGAGCCACCACCUCUGCAGUGGACAUUAGUCAGUAGAGUAGAGGGGCCAAGAAGAAGAGUACAGCAAGGUUGGCGAAAUCUCAGGGAGAUAAGGCAUCAGCACCCAUUUGGUGAUAAAUAUUAGUGAAAAGCAGCAGGUGGGCAUGAUCCCAGAAUUUAGAGGAAAAUGGAUUAAUUGCAUAGAAGUGCUAUAAACUAAAACAAAACUCAUUGCCCUCCAUCUGUACUCUCAGCAAGAAACUGGUUUUGUUCAAAAGAAACAAAACUCUUACAAACUGGAUCUCUUAGAUCAAUACUUGAUGCGAUAUGUUAGUGUUGAUUACCUGACUUUAAAAGAUGCUGACAAAGAUGACAGAGGGUGAUGAACUGGCAGCCUUUUAGAUAAGAAGUAGUUGAAGGAGCAGAGGGAGUGUGGCCUGGAGAAAAUGCGUACUGGGAUCAUGCGUGCCAUCCUUCAUGACGCCAAGGGCAUUUCUUGAGUGUUUCCCAGUGUGCUCACACCGCACUGCCAUUCAUCCUCUCACUUAGCCCUCAUAGCAGGGCUGUAGAGUGUCGUCUUAUCGUCUGUAUUUUAUAGCUGGGGAAACCCAGGCUCAGAGACAGAUAAGGACAUGCCCCUAAUCCACUUGAGACCAGUCUCUAAGCCAAGUCUAAGGCUGUGUUUUUACCCAUUGUGCAAGUAUGAUUAGCCUUGUUCUGUGUGGUCUUAAGGAAUAGAGCCAGGAUAAGUGGACAGAAAUUAACAGAUGGAUUUUUGGCUCAUUAUAAGGAAGAACUUCUUGAACUGCCCAAGUUGGGGACAAACUACUUCAGAGGUAGUGAGUUCCUUUGUCAUUAGAGGUGUUCAAGCAAAUGCCAGAAAAUCACUAAGUGGGGCUGUUACAGAGAAAGGUCAGGCAUUGGUAAGGGCUUGAAGCUAGGGAAUAUUUAUCUAGGCUCUAAUUGAAGGAAAUAGGUGUCAUUUAAAAAUAGGAUUUUAAUUUAAGUAGUAAGCUUUCUAUCUUAACAUUUAUUCAUUUUUAAAAAUACACAUUUGCUUUUUCAUGUAUUUAAAAUUUAAAAACAAAGAAACUUAAUUGAUUGCAUAGUUAACUCAGUCCUCCUAGUUAUUCAUGGAUUGUUAAGGAAAGAUUUUUUUUUUCACUUCCCAAACACCUUUACAGUUUAGAAACACUGAUUCUGAAGUAGAAAAUUUCCAUCCCUAUAGAAAAGUCAAAACUGUCCAAAAAUUUUUUUUCAAAGGAGACUAUAAACAUUGAAAGGAAUUUUUCUUAACUUGCUGGUAUGACUGUGUCUCCAAAGAAUUAUUUUAAAAUCUCCUUAAUCACAUCUCUCAGGUAACUCCUGCUCAGCUCUGAAGUUCAUUACAAUUGAAUUAUAGAAGUCUGAGUACUGAAGAUGUAUGUCAUAGUUAACUUUUUUUAACAAAAAAGAUUUAUCCCUGUUUAUUGUAUGCUAGGACUGCUAGUAAGAAAGUCAGCCAGUUAUAAACCUUUCCUAAAAUGUUUACUUGAUUUCUCCAUCCUGUAUAAUUAGGCAUUGUAAAUUCCUCCUCUGCAGUGGGAUUUUGGAUCUUUAACAUGGAAUAAGAGCAUCUUCCUAUAAAUUUUGUGCAAAAAUUGCUUUAAUAAUUAUACUGAAAUCAUUUUCCAAAGUGUGUACACAUAUACACACUGAGUUAUGCUUACUGUCAGUAGGCUUGUUGCAAUAAAGAAAUGGCUUUUUCUUUCUUUCUUUCUUUCUUUCUUCUUUUUUUAGGAAGUUCCAGUUUAAAAGCAGCCUCAGCUCACACAGUUGGUGGUGGUAGAGAAUGGCCCUGGGAAGGGGUAGGAAGAGAGUUACAAAAGUGAGGAGAUAAAGGUUGUUUCUCACAGAGUGAAGCAGCUCAUGAGAGAGACAGGGCAGGGCAUUGUUCAUGCACUGACCGACCUCAGCAGCCCCGGCAUGACCUCAGGGAACGGAAACUCUGCCUCCAGCAUCACCGGCACUGCCCCCCAGAAUGGUGAGAAUAAACCACCACAGGCCAUUGUGAAACCCCAAAUCCUGACGCAUGUUAUCGAAGGGUUUGUGAUCCAGGAGGGGGCGGAGCCUUUCCCGGUGGGACGCUCGUCCCUGCUGGUGGGGAAUCUCAAGAAGAAGUAUGCACAGGGGUUCUUGCCUGAGAAACUUCCGCAGCAGGACCAUACCACCACCACUGACUCAGAGAUGGAGGAGCCCUAUCUGCAAGAAUCCAAAGAGGAGGGUACUCCCCUCAAACUCAAGUGCGAGCUCUGUGGCCGGGUGGACUUUGCCUACAAGUUCAAGCGUUCCAAGCGCUUCUGUUCCAUGGCUUGUGCAAAGAGGUACAAUGUGGGGUGCACCAAACGAGUGGGGCUUUUCCACUCGGACCGGAGCAAGCUGCAGAAGGCAGGAGCCACUACCCACAACCGCCGUCGGGCCAGCAAAGCCAGUCUGCCGACACUUACCAAGGAUACCAAGAAGCAGCCAACAGGCACCGUACCCCUUUCAGUUACGGCUGCCCUGCAGCUAACACACAGCCAGGAAGAUUCCAGCCGUUGCUCAGAUAACUCAAGCUACGAGGAACCCUUGUCCCCCAUCUCAGCCAGCUCGUCCACCUCCCGCCGGCGACAAGGCCCGCGGGACCUGGAGCUCCCUGACGUGCACAUGCGGGACCUGGUGGGCAUGGGCCACCACUUCCUGCCAAGUGAGCCCACCAAGUGGAACGUGGACGAUGUCUAUGAAUUCAUCCGCUCUCUGCCAGGCUGCCAGGAAAUCGCGGAGGAGUUCCGUGCCCAGGAGAUCGACGGGCAAGCUCUGCUGCUGCUCAAGGAGGACCACCUGAUGAGCGCUAUGAACAUCAAGCUGGGGCCCGCCCUCAAGAUCUACGCACGCAUCAGCAUGCUCAAGGACUCCUAGGGCUGGCCGGGCGCCGGGGCUCCUCCUCCCGACCGAGCAGAGCCGGCGGACACUCCUGGGGGCCCAGAGCAGGGCCAGUCGAGGGAAGGGCCCCCGCUGUGGGGCGUGGCUGGGGAGGAGGUCUCGGGACCUCCUUGGUGGCUCUCAGGGGCCUUUCUUUCUGUGGGAGGGGCAGAGAGGUAGGUGGCACAGAAGAUGGGGCUUUAUGCUUGUAAAUAUUGAUAGCACUGGCUUCCUCCAAAGUCCCACAACUCUAGCCCCGCUUCUCUUCCCCUCUUUCUGUCCCCCAUUUUCCAGGGGGUAUGUGGUCAGGGCUCCCAACCUGAGUUGGGUCACUUCCAGGGCAGCCGCCGGGCCUGGAGAGAGGCCGCGGAAGCCCUCACCUGCCUUCCUCCUCCUCUUUCUCGGGGCCCAGCUCGCUCUUCCAUUGCCAGCUUCUCCCACUUCAGCUGUUACUGAAGCCGCCAGAAGGGUUCUCCCCCCUCACCCCUGCAGGUGGAGGGAGAGAAGCUGGGCCCGGUUUGGCCACACCUGCUGGUACAGACGCCUUAACGCUGUGUGUGUGACUGUGUGACUGUGUGGGAGCCUGGACUGACUGAUGGGCCGAGAGCCCCCUCCCCCUGGCAUCUCCAGGUGUUUUGUAGCAAACAGCCACUUAGUGCUUUGUCCUGGACUCCACUCAGCCUCGGGAUGGGGAAUGGGAAAAAGGGCCGCCUCGGUGCAGAGGCAGGGUCAGAAAGCGAUGCAGGUUAGCAGGAGAUUUUCCUUUCCAGAUUGUCGUGGUGUCUCUGCAGCCCCUUCCUGCACUGUGACGCCCCCCGCCCCAGCUGCCCUGCUGCGUCACAGACGGCAUUAAGGAAGCUGCCAGUGGGCUGGGCCAGGCCGAACCUCCUGGUCUUGCCUGUCCGCCCACCCCUGAGAGCCCAGUGGUGGGGCCCAGAGAACAUCCAGGGCGGAAGAGCUGGAGUGACCACUGAGGUGAAGAGGGCAGCCUUCAGCCUCGGCUCCCACACUUCUGGAACUUGCUGGCAGCAGUGUGAGCUGCCCAUGGAGGAGGCGGGGCAGGAAGGGUGAGGCCGGCCUGUGACCUGCCCUGCAUGCUGCAGGCUCCCGGGGAAGAGUUGGACUCUUCCCCAGGGGAGGGUGGGUGCCCUUCUCAGUUCAUUCUAUUCCCCACUCACACCCCCAGGCAGGGUUGGAAAUGAAGGACUUUUUUAACCUUUUUUGUUUUUUAAAAAUAAAUCCAUAAAAUCCA